UUUGGAAAUUUCUACUUUUGUGCCCCAAUACAAGAGCUUUUUUCCACAGAAGGUGUGCAUUGCUUCGUUAGAUAUACUCGCCGAGCCCUCAAUUAGAAUAACCUAGCGAUUUUGCCUUCACCUUGCAACCUCACUGCUGACGGUAGUUUCCUUGCAUCGACGGUGGUUUCCUUGCGUCGCCGCCCUUCGACGUCCACUCACUUCGACAGUUGUCGCCCCGUUCAACUUCACUGCCGCCAGUUGCCGCCACUCACGAUCUGGGCAUUGAUUACUGUCAACUCCAGUAAAGAUUGGGCAAGAAACAGAGACUGAAGUACUAGUUUCAGGCACAGGAUUAGGUGGAAAUCCUACCAGAAAGGCGCAAGUUGGGAAAAGCUAAGAGGACAGCGCGUGACUUUACUCAUUGGGAGAUCAUCUCCACACUUCAAGAAAGCAUGUGUGAAGGCAUUAUUUUGAUAUAACGUGGCCACUGUCUUUUUUUCCAGCCCCUAACAAGACCUCUGAUGACCCAUGUGCAUCGCAGAAAAGGUGAGAUAUGACCACAUACAUGCUUGGUUUCAGAGGCAUACGCGGGAAAGUAAUAUUUGGAAGAGGCGCGAUUUUAAAGCCUGGAGAGUGGGUGAACUGGUGCCAGUCUAUGACCUCGGAAGUGACAGGAGUUGUACAUCAGUAUUUCGUGGGUUCUAAAGGCCAGUUCAUGUCGACUGCUCUGGGUUCCAGAUUAAGACUGACUGAUUAAGCAAGGAGAUUUAGAAUCCAGGGUUCUGAAUCAGAAGACCAAACUCCAAGUACGCACACCACAGUUUCUGAACAUACUGGAGUCCCACCACACUUGUUCACCUAUUUGGCUGAAGAACUAACCAACUCAGACAAUAAAAGGAAAUACAACAAUGGUGAUUAGAGGCAAAAGAGGUCGGGGUCUUCAACACAGACGUCCACUAAUUGUCACAUCAAGCCCUAUUGACGAAGUUCCAGAGUUGGUGCCUCCAACAAGGAGCCUAAGAGAUGAGGAAGAUCCCAUAGUUGAUGCCUCAACUGAAGCAGUACCAGAGGUGGGUGUAGAAGAGUCCAAUCAUGAUGUACAACAUGAUGACAAUGAGGGGGAUAACAUCACAGACUUGGCAGUUCCACCCAUUAAAAAACGAGGCCGAGGGCCUGCGAAGGGUACAUCAUUUGAAAGGUUGAGAAAGUUUGGUAAGAUCCCUUUAAACAUAAAGGAUGGGCAUAGGGGUCCAUCAUGUGAAAAUGCCACUAUAUUCAGUAGUUGAGUGAGCUGGAUUAUAAGAGUACAUGCUGAAAUGCGGCAUGCUAGUUGGAGUGUGGUAGACAACAAGGAGAAGCAUGAGCUCAUCAAUCGUGUUAGAGGUGAUUUUAUCUUGGAUUGGUCAAAAGACAAUCAUCGAGAGGCUGUAGUAAACACACUCGCUGAUAGGUACAAUGCGUACCAUUAUGAACUACACAAGCAUUACCUUAAAUAUGCAUCGCAUGAGGAGGCAGUAGCUGGUCGAAGAUCGUCGGUGGAACCACAUGUUUGGGAGUGGCUAUGUGAUAGGUGGGCUAGCGGGAAAUUUAAGGAGCAGUCUCGUAGAAACACAAAUAAUAGGAAAAAACAGAAGGUCAAACAUACUGGUGGGAGGAAAUCUUUUGUCAGGAUUAUGGAAGAGAAUGGUGAGGAGGCACCGAAUAUGAUUGCCUUUUACAAAGAAACACAUUGGUCUAAGGAGAAGGGGAAAUUCAUCAAUGCAGCAAGUGAACACAAUUAUAAUCUGAUGGUAGAGAGGUUGAAUGAGAAAGAGACUGAAGAGGCUCAGGAUACUGAUGUUGCUGCUGAUGUUUUCAAAGAGGUCUUAGGGUAUAAAUCUGGCUAUGCACAAGGGCAGGGCCACUCAGUCAUUCCUGAGCCCUCCCCUUUUAUGCAAAAAAAUAAGGCAUUUAAACGAUUGGCCGAGGAGAAUGUAAGAAACAAGACUUUUGCAAACAUUUACAAGACUCAACUAGAGUCAAUUUUGGGUGAUAUGGCUGAUCUGCGCAAACAGUUUUCUGAGCAUGAAAAACAACUAAACAUGAUAAACUCACAGUUGGAGUCAAAUAGAGAGUCUCAAGAAGAGGCUCCAGGAGAUGCUUAGGCAUCUCUCAUAUGGUUGGGAUUUUUUGAGUGUUGGGGACUUUUGUGUUUUUUUUCCCCCUAUGGAAAUGGCAGUUAGUUAAAUGUCAAUGGUUAAGAAGGAGAUUGUGGGCAGGUUGGGGUGUUUUGAUAUAAAGUGUGGGAGGUGGUUAUAUAAGUAGGCUUUUUUUUUUGCCAUCAUAACCUGGUAAUGUAAUGGAAGUUGCUGCAUGCAAACGUUUCGUGAUGGUAUGCAUCAGGGAUAUUGCUGCAUGCAUGUAGGUAGCUGCAUAUACUGAAUGGUUCCAACAGUGCACAGUUCUGUAAGUAUAUGACAACCCUUGCAUCACAGUUGAACAUGACCUCGACAGUUCACAAAGAGAAGUGAAAAAUAGAACUGGAUAGGAGCUCCAGAUCCAGUACUAAUGGUCUUCUUUAUUCACAAUAUACGGGAAUCUGAUCCUGAUAUAGAGGCUGCAUUGGUACAUGUGGAUGAGUGCAAUGGAGAUAUGGGGAGAUUUAAUUUGGAGAAAAGUUCAUCAAAUGGAUAUAUGUAGACAAGUUCAUAUAGUUGUUUUAUGGGCUAUAUAUACAAUAGUUGUAACAAUCAAGCUGAUGACCCUGUCUUGUCCCUCCCACACAGUGAACAUUGAUGUAUUUCCAUUUCCUUAAAUGGACAGUAUUCAAGUGGUGAAUUAACUUAUAUAUAUAUAUAUAUGAACAGUACCUGAUAUUUUAUA